AGUGGAGAAAAGCACAUGCAAAACGCAGCGGCGGCCACCCCACUUCCUCAGCAGAUCUCGUGCGAUUGUUUGCUGCAGGCUCUGCCCCUCGGCACGAGUCGCCUCCCCCAGGACUGAGCGUCGGAGCCGGCGCUGGGCCCGCUGCCACUGGAAAGUUACAGGCGAGCGAGCCCUGCAGGCGGCGGCGGCCCAGGCAGGAGCAGCAGCGCCCGCGUGAGUCCAGGGUCUUGCUCUUGCAGUUCUCACAGGGUCUUUCGUAAAGACAUUUGUAGUCAGAACUUUAUGCGGCAUUUUUAUCCCGAGAAAGAGCGGGAAGAGAAUUCAUCUCCUGGGAACUCAGCACUGGAGAAACUGGUUCUCGAAGACAUUAUUCUCCAAGAAUUUCUCAGGCCCUGAGAAUUCUCUGUGUACCUGAAAAGCUGAAGCCAAAAGCUUCAAUAAGCAGUGAUAAUGUAUGUGUUGUGUUGAAACUGACAGAGAAACACCUGUGAGACUGGAGGUCCAGACUGCAAAGCGUAUCCCCAAAGUUGUGGGCAUUUUAGAAAAAUUUAUUCUGUUACACAGUACAGUGGAACACAUCACGUGUCCCAACUCGCAAAGGAGGAAGGUUCUCCCAAGGAUGGUCUCCCACUCAGAGCUGAGGACCCUUUUCUGUUCGGCUGAUGCCGUCUGUUUUGAUGUCGACAGCACGGUCAUCAGAGAAGAAGGGAUUGACGAGCUGGCCAAAUUCUGUGGCGUUGAGGACGCUGUGUCAGAAAUGACACGGCGGGCCAUGGGCGGGGCGGUGCCUUUCAAGACCGCCCUCACCGAGCGCUUAGCGCUGAUCCAGCCUUCCAGGGAGCAGGUGCAAAGGCUGUUAGCAGAGCACCCCCCACACCUGACCCCCGGGAUAAGGGAGCUGGUAAGUCGCCUACAAGAGCGAAACGUUCAGGUUUUCCUAAUAUCUGGUGGCUUUCGGAGCAUUGUAGAGCACGUGGCUUCCAAGGUCGGUAUCCCGACAGCCAACGUAUUUGCCAACAGGCUGAAAUUCUACUUUAAUGGUGAAUACGCAGGUUUUGAUGAGACGCAGCCAACAGCUGAAUCUGGUGGGAAAGGAAAAGUUAUUAAACUGUUAAAGGAAAAGUUUCACUUUAAGAAAAUAGUCAUGAUCGGAGAUGGAGCCACAGACAUGGAAGCUUGUCCUCCUGCCGAUGGUUUCAUUGGAUUUGGUGGAAAUGUGAUCAGACAACAAGUAAAGGACAAUGCCAAGUGGUACAUCACCGAUUUCGUUGAGCUUUUGAGAGCACUGGAAGAGUAAUGUCCAUUUUUACAGGGCUAAUUAACAACUUAAGAUUGUUUACCAAUGAGACAGAUCGAUACUGUUUACUUAGAAUUGCCUAUUACAACUUGAUGUAUAAAUUUGGUACUGAUUAUCUGUACUUUCUAGUGAACUAUAGGUAGGGCUCCAAGAAAGAUUCCUUUUUUUUUUUUUUUUAACCAUAGUUCCAGUAUUAUUAUGACCACUAAUUACCUGGAGAGUUUUAUAAUCUGAAUUCUUUAUGUAUGUUCCUGGAUAUAUUUUAUUUGAAGCCUUUUGAAGAUGAAGAGUCAAUUAAACACCUUCCCUCUUGGAAAUAUGGAUUAGGCAGCCUGAAAUGAAUAUUGGUGUUCCCUUUGGUAUAUCAAUAAAAAUUGACCCAUGUAUCAGAACAGAUUUGUGGGAUUUUCAAUUCUGCCUUUCAUGGACUUAGAUUCAGUCUUUCGGGUAAGAUACAUGUUUAAAUAGAUAUCACCUCCAGGCAAGGAGGAGAUCCAAGACUCUGCUCAGUCUCAGCAGUCCCUGCGUGGCACAAAUGGGUAAGUGCUCAACUGCUAACUGAAAGGUUGGAAGUUCAAGGCUACCCAGGUGCCUCGGAAGAAAGGCCUGGUGAUCUACUUCUGAAAAAUCAGCCACUAAACACCUAUGGAGUGCCGUUCUACUCUGACACACACGGGGGCACCAUGAGUCAGGACCAACUUGACCGCAGCGGGUUUGUUCUUUUUUAGUACUGAUGUUCAGUACUGGCCACCGUGCCCCCACCACACGCUCCGCUUCCCCCUCUGAGCUCUGGAGGAAGCGCUGGGCCAGAGGCUCAGAUGUGCCUUUUUACCUCUUGGAAUUUGUCACAUAUGGAUUGUUACAAAGGUCUUUUUUAAAAAUAACAAUGGAGUCUUAAAGUGCUGAAAAUCACAUGAAGUAAAAGAAAUAAAAACAAACUUUACUAACCCAAAAGGAAGUCAACAUUUCUUUUAAAUGAAUUAAGAAAUAACCCCAACAGACCAUGGUCUCAGGGAACAUCUAGCUCAGUUGGCAUAACAUAGUUUAUAACGAAAAUGUUCUACAUUCUACUUUGGUGAGUAGCAUCUGGGGUCUUAAAAGCUUGUGAGCAGCCAUCUAAGAUACAACACUGGUCUCACCCCAUCUGGAGCACGGAAGGAUGAAGAAGACCAAAGACGUAAAGGAAGGAUUAGUCCAAAGGACUAAUGGACCACAACUACCACAGCCUCCCUCAGACUGAGUCCAGCACAACUAGAUAGUACCCAGCUACCAUUACUGACUGCUCUGACAGGGAUCACAACAGAGGGUCCCAGGCACAGCUGGAGAAAAACAUAGAGCAAAAUUCUAACUCACACACACACACACACACGAAAGACCAGACUUACUGGCCUGACAGAGACUGGAGAAACCCUGAGAGUAUGGCCCCAGACACGCUUUCAGCUCAGUAAUGAAGUCACUCCCGAGGUUCCCCCCCUCAGCCAAAGAUCAGACAGGACUAUAAAACAAAACAAGACCAAAGGGGCACACCAGCCCAGGGGCAAGGACUAGAAGGCAGGUGGGGACAGGAAAGCUGGUAACGGGGAACCCAUGGUCAAGAAGGGGAGAGUGUUGACUUGUCAUGGGGUUGGCAACCAAUGUCACAAAAAGAGUGUAUAAUUGUUUAAUGAGAAACUAGUUUGCUCUGUAAACUUUCCUCUAAAGUACAAUUAAAAAAAAAAAAAAAACCCCAACAUCAUAUACUAUCCAUUUCUUUUUUACAGAUGACUUGAAAAGACCUGAAAGCCACACCCCUCUUUAUUCUGAGCAGUGCCAAGAAAAGGAAAUUUCGGAACAUGCUUUGAAAGUCCCAGAUUAUAUCCCCUUCCUGGUGGGAAAAUGGGGGAGGGUGACGAUGCCAGCUUAGGAAGAGGCACGCUUGGAUCCUGUUGGAUAAUUAAGUAGAGAAGGCCAUGAGAUGUUAGUAUUAGAAAUUAUUUUAAAAACUUAACAAUUUAGCCUAGCAGUCAAAGCUGGCCAAAUAAUUGAGUAAUUAUUAAGCCAGGUAAUCAAAUCAGAUGAAUCCAAUUUGCUUCAGAAUUGGAGUUUCUGUACGAGAGACAAGAAGUCGGUUUGGUGACAUUUAAAGGAACUUGUGAACAACGAGGCAAUUGUUCCAUAAUUGUGAAUGCUUGCUGGCAAUGCUCCCUAGAAGCUGUUGUGUGGCGUUUGUACUAUCGGCAGCACUGUGCUGGCAUGGGGCCCAGCGUGCCAGGUCUGGGAGGGCCUGCAGGGCCUGCUGCCCACUUGGCAGGGGCCUGAAUGAGAAGGGCACUGCACUUGGCUCAGAGGAGUUUGAUCCGCUGAGAAAUGGUGAUGACCUGUAUACUAGUCACCCAGCCUCUCCUCUGUCCCACAGGCCUCUCAGUUCUCUGCACAAAAGCAGCCCGCACAAUCCCGUCUUUGUUGUCUUGGGGGUGAGUUAGAUGAGGCAAGAGCUGCACUAACCCCUCAUCCUUUUCUAAUCCUGGAUUCGCUGGUAACAGCUGCAGAAUGGUGCUCCCAGGAGUUAGUAUGUGGUUAUAGGAAAACCAGGUUUGGAAAGUGGUGACAGUGUUUCUUGUCCUUGUUACGUUGUAGCUGCUGUCCAGUCGGCCUUGACUCAUGGCGACCCGAUGCACAGGGACGGAAAGGCUGCCUGGUCCUGUGCCGUCCCCAUGAUCAGUGUUGGGGAUCAGACUGUUGUGAUCGACAGCAUUGUCACUGGCUGAUUUUCAAAAGUAGGUCACCAGGCCUUUCUUCCUAGGCCAUCCUACUGUGGAAGCUCCUCUGAAAUCUGUCCAGUAUCAGAGCGACACGCAGUCACCACUGAUAGACGGGUGGUGGCUGUGCAUGGGGUGCAGUGCCCAGGAAUCGAACCUAGAUCUCCCACGCGCAAGGUGAGGACCCUACCACUGAACUACCAACACCCCCUCUUUCCUUGUUAUACCAUGCUCAUUCUGAUUAUAAACACUGAUUAUAUAAACAGAAAAAAAAAAGAGUUAAGCAUUGGGGUCAUCACAAAAUUAAGGAUUGAAGUUGGUCAUGGUAUUAAGUCGAAAAAAAUAAAAGUACCUCAAAGCUUUUAUAUGCUCAAAACAAAACAAAAAGAUAGCCUUCUGCCAUUCUUCCUCCUUUGGUCUGACUGCCGCCCUGAUGGUACACUGUGUCUCUCUUCUGCCGGAAGCAGGUGUUUCUCCAUGACCAACGCACAAGGGAGGCUCACCCGGCUGCCACUCCAAGAGCCAGGAGCAGCAUCUGGUACCAGGGCGGGAGAUAGGUAGUCUGCAAUCAGCGCUGCCACCAUCCAUCUUCAGUGGAGGCCUGUGUGUUGCUAGCAUGUUGAACAGGUUUCAGCGAAGCUUUCAGACUAAGACAGACUAGGAAGAAAAACGCCUGGUGACCUACUUCAGAAAGCCAGCCAAUGAAAACCUUAUGGAUCCUGGAGCAACAAAGGAAGAAGGAAAAGUCAGGAAUAGGAGGAGGGUAUUGAAUGUGGGGCUAAUUGCCUCCAUGAACAACUGCCUUCUUUCCCAUGAGACCAGAAAAACUGGAUGGUGCCCAGCUACCAACACUGAACAUUUUGAUCAAAGAUUCUACGGAAGAAUCCUGAUCAAAAAGGGGAAAAUGCAGAACAGAAUUUCAAAUUCUCAUGGAAUCCAUACUUUCUGCAACCGUGGAGGCUGGAUGGACCCCUGAAACUAUUGCCCUAAAAUAAUCUUUAAACCUUAAACCAAAAACAUCCCCUGAAAUCUUCUUAAAACCAAACAAUAGUUCAGCUUAACCAGUAAAGAACGUCUGCCUUGAGCAUUGUGCUCUUUAAAGGUCUACCUACAUGGGAUCAAAGUGACAACAGAAACUGGAAAGACAGAAGGCCUAGGGGGCUGUGAGUUUAUGUUAAUGAGGGAGGAAUAACUCAGGAGGGUGAGAAUGGUUGCACAACUUGAAGAAUGUAAUCAACCAAAUCAUACACGUAGAAACUUGAAUUGGUGCAUGUUUUUGUUGUGUAUAUUCUCAACAACAACAAAAUAAAUAAGAUUAAAAAGAAAAGAAAACCCUAUGGAUCACAAUGGUCAGAUCUGCAAGUGAUCACGGGGAUGGCACAGGACUGGGCAGCGUUCUGUUUCGUUGUGCAUGGUGUCACCUCGACGGUAGCUAGCAACAACAGCCUCAGUGACAGCACAAGUGUGAACAGGUUUUGCCUCCAUGACCCUCAGAGUCUUUAUGAUCAGGCUCAGAAAACUCAGGGGGUGACAUGACCCCAGGUCACACUGCCCCUUUCUACAUUUUCCAAGAUGCUUUCUUGUUUCCUCGUGCGCCUCUCCCAACCCUGAGGUCAGCAGUAUAGACACUGUUGUCCUUUUUACCAGAUGGGAAACAUGCCUACCAAAGUUCAUGCCAGUUACGAGGUGGCCUCCCAGCUGGAGUCCAGGCCAAUGAUUUCCACAGCUUUACUAUUAAUUGUGCUUUAGAUGAAAGUUUAUAGAGCAAAUUAGUUUCUCAUUAAACAAUUAAUACACAUAUUGUUUUGUGACAUUGUUUGCAAACCCCGUGACAUGUCAACACUUCUUGACCUUGGGUUCUCCAUUUCUAUUCUGUCCCCUCCUGCCUUCUCGUCCUUGCCCCCGGGCUGGUGUGCCCAUUAGUCUCAUAUACAUGGUUGGACCACAUGUGUUAUUUCUUCUAUAAAAAACCACUACCAUUGAGUCGAUUCCGACUCCUAGCGACCCUAGAGGACAGAGUAGAACUGCCCCAUAGAGUUUCCAAGGAGGGCCUGGUGGAUUUGAACUGCCAACCUUUUGGUUAGCAGUCGUAGCACUUAACCACUACACCACCAGGGUUUCCUGUUUGUUCCACAGGCCUGUCUAAUCUUUCGGUGAAGGGUGAACCUCAGGAGUGUCUCCAGUACCGAGCUAUAAGGAUGUCCGGGCGUCCACUGCUUUCUUUACCUUAUGCCUUAGUAGAGUGAACCAUUUACUGGGGCCCAGAGUAUCCAUGCCAAGUUAAAUUACUGAAAAGAAGGUUUGAACACUGUCAUCACAGGUGUUACUAUAUUAAUACAGCAGAUGAAAUACUCCCUAGGAUGUAAGGUCUGGUUUGCAAAAAAUUCGAGUGGUUUUCAAUUUUAAUGGUCUUUGAAUGCCAGAAAAGGUACUGAUAUGAAGUCAACACAAGACUGGUCAUACUUGACUAAUCACACUUUCUAACUCUGAAUGUUAGCCCAUAUUUCUGCACACAUUUAUAGCCUUCCCUUUGAAUUGUUUUUGCUGAGUUUUUCUAGGCACAUCAUAUUAAUAUAAGGAUUUAAAGAUAUUUGCAUUAAAAAUAAUUUGAAUAAAGAUGCUGUGCUGCUUUCUGAGGGUCUCACAUAUUUUCCAAUUAUAACUGACAGUCUCCAUACUUUCUUUUUCCCUCCUUCCUUCCUUCCCUCUCUCCUGCCUUCUUCCCACCCAUUCAUCAAGCAUAUUGAGCAUCUUCUAUGUUCCAAUCAACAACUGAAAAUAUCAAUUCAAUAAAAAAAAAAAAUUAUGUGAACAGAAAAAGGUCUUUCACAAGCUGUUGUGAGGAUAAGGGAAAAGAAGCAGGUAUCUAUCAAGUACUGGUUUGGAGAAGAACAAAGUGGGUUCUAAGAGGCUUUUACAAAGUGGUAGGAUGGCCGUUGAAAGGAAAACUUGCUUUACGAAAUAGACUUACCAGCCUCAAACGAUGAUAGUUAAACAUGAAGUGGCUUGUGUGAUACUCACUCAUCAGACUUAUGCCUAAUGAAUGGAAAAUGAGUUUGCAAGUUUUGAGUACUGCCAACCAAGACAAUGCAACUUCUUUCAUAAUGCAUUUCAUUCUUUUGGUUUAGUGAAAGGAUUUAACAAAUUAAACAGGAAUUACUGAAAUAAAGCAAUCAUCUGAUAAUUAGCUUAGUAAUAGAAUGCUCUUGUCAAAGGUCACCAAUGACCACCAUGCUGCUAAAUUAAUGAUUAGUUACUUGACCUCGGAGUCCCUGGGCGCUGCAAACGAUUAACACAUUCUGCUGCUACCUGAAAGGUUGGCUGUUAAAGUCCACCCAGAAAGAAAGGACUGGUGAUCUACUUCUGAAAAAUUGGCCGUUGAAAAUCUUAUGGAGCACAGUUCUACUCUGACACACAUGGGGUUGCCAGGAGUUGGAACUGACUCAAUGGCAACCGGUUUUUAUCAGACCUCAUCUUUUUUUUUUUUAAAUAAUUUUUAUUGUGCUUUAAGUGAAAGUUUACAAAUCAAGUCAGUCUCUCACAUAAAAACCCAUAUACACCUUGCUACACACUCCCAAUUACUCUCCCCCUCAUGAGACAGCCUGCUCUCUCCCUUCACUCUCUCUUUUCGUCAGCUUCUAACCCCCUCCACCCUCUCAUCUCCCCUCCAUGCAGGAGAUGCCAACAUAGUCUCAAGUGUCCACCAGAUCCAAGAAGCUCACUCCUCACCAGCAUCCCUCUCCAACCCAUUGUCCAGUCCAAUGUAUGUCUGAAGAGUUGGCUUUGGGAAUGGUUCCUGUCCUUGGGCAGCAGAAGGUCUGGGGGCCAUGACCACCAGAGUCCUUCCAGUCUUGGUCUCAGACCUCAGCUUAUCCAACCUCUCAGCAGAAUUUGACACAGGUAACCUCUUGAUGGACUUCAUUUACUUGUCUUUUGUGGCACCCCUUCACUGGUCAGUUCUCAGCCUCCCUUGCCAGUUCUUCACCCUGGUUCUCUUCUCUAUCUAUAUUCCCUUGUUGAGCUCAUCCAGCCUCGUAGCUUUAAAUUCUACAUGUUGACAAUUCACAAAUGGCUAUCUCCAGGCCAGCCUGCUCUCCCAAACUCCAGACUUGUGUAUCAACUGCCUACCUGAUACCUGACAUCUCCACCUGGAUGUCUACAAAGACAUCCCAAACUCAAUGUGAGAAAAACAGAAUUCCCAAUCUGAGACAAUGUGGGGAGAGCCUGGAGCCAAAUGAAAGAAGCUGCCUAACAUUUGCAUGUCCACACGAUUUCUAAGGGAAAAUCCCCUCUUCAGGAAAAAAAUUUUUUUCAGUUCAAAAUAGCUAGAUUGCUUUUACUAGCAAUAGUGAUCCUAGCACUUUCAAUAUCUACAGUGUUUAUGUCCCUGGGUGGCACAAAUGGUUAUUUGCUGGACUGCUAGCCAAAAAGUUGGUGGUUCAAACCUCCCAAGAGAUGCCUCAGAAAGCAGGCCUGGCAGUCUGCUUCUGAAAGAUCACAGCCUAGUAAACUGUAUGGGGUAGUUCUACUCUGUCACAUGGUGUCACCAUGAGUUUGAAUUGACUCGAGGGUACCUAACGACACUACGCGCAUACUACGAGUCCCUGGAUGGCGCCAACAGUCGAGUGCCAGGGUACUAACUGAAAGGUUGGCAGUUCAAACAACCAGAGGCACUUUGGAAGACAGGCCUGGUGAUCUGCUUCCGAAAGGCCACAGCCCUGAAAACCCUAUGGAGCACUUUCAGUCUGCACAUGAGUUGGAAUCGACUGAUGGCAACUAACAAGUAGAUUAGAAAUAAUCCCUUCAUUCACCGCAUUCUCUAACAUGAGCUGAACAUGUAAUCUGGGCCAGGUGCCGUGCCACAGGCUGUGCGAGGAGGGCAGAGAUGGCACAGCCCUGGUUUCCAAGGAGCUCAGAGUGAGGAUGCAGACCAGGAAAGAAAAAUUACAGUUUUCACAAAACUUCAAUGAUGAAGGCUGAGCAGGCUUUCUUUUCGUCAUUUUGAAGAUUAGGAAACAGGCUCUGAGAUGUUGUUUAAGGUCUUUUGGCAAGUCCAUACAGGAGCUGGCACUAAAAUGCAGGGUUUUUCAUGCCAAGCUGGAUGGGAAUAUGUGGCUGCCUGUGUUGUGGAGAAUUAAGAACGCUGCCUAUACCUCUUUUCAUUCUAUCUUCUCUUUCCUGCUGCUUCCCAUGGCGCUAAGAGCCAGUCAGAGAAUCCAGAGCUGAAGGGCCCUUGGAGGCCACUGGAUUCAACCUACCCAUUUUCUAGAUUAAGGAACUCAACAUCAAAGAGGGUAUCUACGUUGUCAUGGAGCACUGCCUGGAUGUGAAUGAACCUGGCUUUUCUGAUGGCAGCACCCCUCUCACCAUGGCACUAAGCCCCGGUACACAAACGCCCGUUCCCCAUAGCCCUCUACCAAGAGGCUGAAGGGAGAGGCCAGCGGGCUGGUUUCAUAUUUUACUCUGUAGACUCACACAGGCCCACAGAACUGGGACAAGCUGUUUUGCAGGAGUGACAGCAUCAGUCUUAGCACGCAUUCAUAAAAAAAAUCACAAGUGUGAAACAUGUGAAAAUUUAAGAGGUUUUUUAUUGACUUUUAUAUGUUCUUGCAGAAAACAAUUUGCAUGUAAAAGUCGGACAUUUGAUAUAAGAUUUAUUCACACCUUGUUUUACACAUAAAUGCUUUAAUCUGGGGAGUAGGCAGAAUUUUGGAUUUCAACAUGAUUACAGACACAAAAUUGGUGCACUAUUAAAAAACUAAAUCAAACACAUCUAGGCAAAGUACGCAGCUUGACAUCAGUCAAUUUACAACCCAACAGGCCCCGCCCUUCCUCGUCUGUGACCUCGGAAGUGCUUGCUGUGAGCUUAUUAAAAUAUCAACCAGAGGAUGUCUGAAGUUACAAAUGAUUGCUUACAAAAGAAAACCUCUUUGCCUACUUGUUUUACUACAGAAAAAUAUCACAAAUAAAAAGUAGUGCUAUUCAAGGUAUUUGUUGUAAACUCACAGGUGGUACACAGGUUCAAGCCGUUUCUUCCUUCUCAUAUGGAGACAUCAUGAUACACCAGAUGGAAAGUGAACGACUGAUUAGAUGGACCCUGUCAACCACUACCAGCUUUCUGAUGACAUAUUUUUAAUGAUGACAUAUUUUUUAAUAUGCCGACUGAUUACAGAUGAAAGUGAAUUAAAACAUUUUUGGGUACUGGGUACACUCUUAAUUUGUUCCUAGUUUGAGACUCUGAAAAACCCUUAGAGAAAAAUGAAAAAAGAAAAAAAAAAAAAAACAAAAAACAAAACUGCAUUUCUUCCUGACACAAGAAAUUUGCCUAAAAUCUGUAAUUAUAAAACAGAUUUGCUUUUUAUGAAGACAUGGUUAUUUUUUUUUCUUUCAUGGUAGGAGUCCUAUUUGGAUAUGAUUCAAAUUUAAAUCUGGGCCUUCUUUUCCAGAGGCUGGUAGUGGGGGAGGGGGCAGGGCAGGUAUUAUGAAGUAUGUUCCAGAAACAUCGGAGAGUUUCAAAGAGGACGACAGAGCACUGUCUCAAUCAGCUGAACUGCGAUGGUUUCCCUUCUCAUGGCUAUGGAAAUUCUGAAGAAAAGAGGUCUCUCAUAGCUAUAUACAGCAGUUUACACGUCAGUGUUUCUUUUUCACGUGAUAAACAACGCGUACUAUAAAAUUAACUUCUGACAAAUAUUUGUCACUGAAAUCCAUGUAGGCACAGCUAAGUCGACUUUAUAGCUUUACUGGAGGGGCGAGGUCUUCAGUGGGAUCAUGAUUCUGGAUUCCAUUUCCUGAAUAAGUGGGACUGUAAACAGGGUGAAGAUUACUGGGGUUGUUCCUGUCUAAAUGAAUCCCAGUAGACAGACACUAACAAACAGAAGGGAGCAGUGGGAAAUGAAGGUGCCUCGGAGGCACUGAGGUAAUGACACAUCAGUGCACAUCCUUUGAGAUGCUAUUAAAAUGGAAACAGACCCUGCCUCGGGAUGCGCCUCCCUCGUGGAAAAUUAAGACAGCCCCGUGUUGUGAGAAAAAUGGUGCUUUCUCACAAGGUUCUCUGAACUAAAGCCAAUGUAUAGAACCCCAAGCACGAGUGCAUUAUAAUACAGCCCGUGCAAAGGUACAGGUCUGCCACACUGGUGGAACUGUCACCAUGAGUGAGACACACCUCUGGGAACAAAUGGAAGCCUAAGAAUAAACAGCAAAAUCAUGUGCAAUUAUAUGAUUUUUGAACUAAAAGACAAGAUAGCAUCUAUUUUUCAGAACAAAUUACUCUGUCAUUUUCUUGGUAGUAUAAGGCUCGGAUACCAUACCUGAUAUGUAACAGGGUUGGUACUUAUUACCUGUUCUCUGUAUCACUGGACUGGGUAAGAAAAUCAGCCCAAUUAUUUUAAGUAUCAAGUGAUUUUGUAUGUAUGCAUAGGUAUACACAAGGAGCCCUGGUGGCACUGUGGUUAAAGUGCUUGGCUGCUAACCAAAAGGUCAGCAGUUCGAACCCACCAGCCGCUCCAAGGGAGAAAGAUGUGGGCAGUCUGCUUCCAUAAAGAUUAUAGCCUUGGAAAUCCUUUGCGGCAGUCCUACCCUGUCCUAUAGGGUCGCCAUGAGUUGGAAUUCGACAACAUGGCAAUGGACAUUUUGGUAUACGUAUACACACACACAUACAUGAGGAAAGUCUAAUUAUUAAUUUUCAAAAUUACUCUUUUUAAUUGACAAAUUAUGUUUUGGGGACUGACAAUUUUUACAAGAACGAGAAAGCUUAAAAAGUUUGUGUAAUAAAUUUUCAAAGAAGACAGAAAUCUAUAAAAAGGUAAUGAUGUAAAAUUUAUAACACACAAGGGUCUGAAAACUGUACCAGACAACAUACAUACUUGAAAAAGGAAUAUUUUUCUUUACUGAAAAAAAAAAAAAAUUACGUAAUUCUUAAAGAACAUUUU